AAAAAACGUAGCUUGGCCGGUGCAUCAAAUUAGAUUUACAAGAAAAAAGAAAAUGACUAACAAUGUUUAGAGCUUUCAAUUGGAGAAAAGCCCAGCUCAGCCAAACGGACCCUGGGUGGGCUCUCAGACUAGGCCUCUGGCUCUAAACCAACAGUCCUUUCAGGCUUCUGCUAUUACACAUCUUAGGACUUCCAUAGCUGCUCUUCUCUUGGCAAUGCCAAUAAUGCUGAACAUUAAUAUUUGAUUUUGAGAGUGCAAUCGUAAUACUUGUCUGAGCAGUAAGCGAGUUAAGUGCCAGCUUGUGCAAGCGUAAUGGAUUGGAGAAUUUUCUAAAUUGUAAAGCUUGAAUCCUUGGUUAUUUCUUAUUUGUUUUGAGUUUUGAAUGGUGAAAUGGCGGUAUCAUCAUCAUCAUCAUCAUCAAUGAUAAUAAUCAGGCCAUGGAGGACGGCAUUUCUGACGCUGAGGGACGAAACCCUAACGAGCAGCCCAAAAUCAGAAUCAAAAAAGUCGGUAGCAGAACUUCUCCACAAUCUCAUCUUUUCUCAAUCCCACUCUCUAAUCUCUGCUGCUCCUCAACUUCCUCCUCACGAGGUUACCUCCGAUUUGUUGUUCCUGUUGGACUUAGCUGCUAAUUCUUCUCUUCAACAUCAAGAUUUGGACUCUGUUUUUACUAACAUUUCUCUAUUGAUGCACGAGAUAUGUCUAUCUCAACGUGUUUCUCUUCAAAUCACUUCUUCUUCUUGGCAUCUUUUUCUCAACUCCUUCUCCACCAUUCUCCAUUUCUUUCUCUGCAAUGCUGCUACCCUUAAACCCGCCAUGGAAUCCAUAUACACCGUAAGGCAUCUUGUCAACCUGCUUCACCACAAAUUCUCUCUCUCGGAUGAUAUUCAUUUAGUGAACUUUCUCAUUCGCGUAGCUGAAUUCUCGUAUGUAAAGUUGGUACACUCAUCUUAUACAAGUGCCGACCAAUCUGCUGCCUCAACUGGAAAGCGCUUAUCCAAGUAUACUACUUUAUGGGAGGUUCAGACUGUUGUCUUUACAAUGUUAGGCGAUGCAUUCGUCAGGGUUGGGUCUUCUUUUCCUGCUGACGUUUGGCAAUCUAUAAUUGAGGUACUUAGAAAAGUUAUGGAUCCCUUGGCAUCUAAAAGCUUGCUUUUUGAAGAUGUUGUUAUGUCCAGGUUUUAUGCAUCUCUUCUUAAUUGUCUACACUUGGUUCUUACUAAUCCUAAAGGUUCCCUUCUUGACCAUGUCUCUGGUUUUGUGGCAACACUUCGCAUGUUCUUUAUUUAUGGGCUGGCCGGUAGAACACUAUUUAAAAUCCCAGCCAACCAUCUCAAGGAAAAGGAAUUUAGUGCAAUGUGCCUUAAGUUAACAUUAGAAGAACCUAAAAGAAAAGAUCAUGCUCCAUAUAGGCCUCCGCACCUGCGCAAAAAGGAAAGCAUGCAUAUGAAACAGCCGAAAGCUCAGGAUUCAUUGGGUUUCUCUGAUCAUGAAUCUUCUAGUGCUGAUUUCAUAUCAUCAGAUUCAGAUUGUAGUGACAGUGAUGGAGCAGGAAAAGAAAUUGAUAGUAUUCAAAGCUCUAAGGUUAGAGUCUCUGCAAUUGUCUGCAUACAGGAUCUUUGUCAAGCUGAUCCCAAAUCAUUUACUUCCCAGUGGACAAUGCUUUUGCCGACCAAUGAUGUGCUGCAACCAAGGAAGUCUGAGGCAACUUUAAUGACAUGCUUGCUAUUUGAUCCUUAUUUAAGGGUGCGGAUUGCGUCUGCCUCUGCUCUGGCAGUAAUGCUGGAUGGGCCUUCGUCUGUUUUUCUGCAGGUAGCAGAGUACAAGGAAACUACUAGAUGGGGAUCUUUUAUGGCACUUUCAAGUUCCCUUGGGCGAAUACUAAUGCAACUUCAUACCGGUAUCCUGUACCUGAUCCAGCAUGAAACAUACAGUAGAAUGCUUCCAUCAUUAUUCAAAAUUCUCAUUCUCUUGUUAUCAUCUACACCAUAUGCAAGAAUGCCUGGAGAAUUGUUGCCCACUGUAAUUACAUCUCUAUUAUCAAGGAAUGAAAAGGGGUUCCCUUUCAGAAGUGAUCAAACUGGUUUGCUGGCUACUGCUGUUAAUUGCUUUUCGGCAGCACUAUCUACAACACCUCCAUCACCACAUGUCAAACAAAUGCUAUUAGAUGAGAUAUCAACAGGUGUUACUGAGGCUGAAAAGAGGUCGGGUGUUCUUUCUACACUAUUUCAAUAUUCUGAACACCCAAUGAAUUCAACAAUAUGUUUUGAAGCUCUCCAGGCCCUUAGAGCUGCCAUACAUAAUUACCCGAACAUAGCAUUUGCAUGUUGGGGACGAGUUUCAUCCAUUUUCUCCAACAUUUUGAGGGUUGCCACUUUAGAAACUCCUAUACGAGCAUGGAAAGGACAUAUGGGAGACAAUGUUGGGUUUACUGGGGAAAAGGUCAUAACAGCAGCUAUCAAGGUUUUAGAUGAAUGUCUUCGUGCAACAUCUGGAUUUAAGGGAACUGAAGAUCCAGAUGAUAAAUUAUCAGAUACCCCAUUUACUUCUGAUUGCAUCAGGACAAAGAAAGUAUCAUCAGCUCCAUCAUAUGAACGAGAGAGUACAGUAGAUACUGAGCAGGAACUAAAAGUCUUUGAGCUAGGAAGUGAGUGUUGGUCUGAGACAAUAGAAAAGCACAUACCUGCGUUGCUACGGCAUACCUCUUCCAUGGUGAGAACUGCAUCAGUGACUUGUUUUGCGGGCAUUACUUCUACUGUAUUUAUCUCCCUCACAAAAGAGAGUCAAGAGUUUGUUGUCUCUUCAUUGAUCAAUGCUGGUGGACAUAAUGAGGUUCCUCCAGUUAGGUCAGCUGCUUGUCGAGCUAUUGGUGUAAUAUCUUGUUUUCCACGAAUGUCUCACAGUGCAGAGAUUCUUGCCAAGUUUAUCUAUGUCAUUGAGAUCAACACUCGUGAUCCUUUGAUUUCGGUGCGAAUAACAGCCUCUUGGGCUUUGGCAAAUAUAUGUGAAUCUCUGCGGCACUGUCUAGAUGAUUUUCCUUUGGAAAAGUCUGCAGAUACCAAUGCCAAACCUCAAGUAAUGGAAUUCUUAGCUGAGUGUGCUUUCCAUCUAACAAAAGAUGGUGACAAGGUCAAAUCAAAUGCUGUAAGGGCUCUUGGGAAUCUAUCAAGAUUAAUCAGAUACACUUCUGGUAAACACGGUAAGCCUGUAAAUUCUCUAAAUUUAUACAAAAAAAAAAAAAAAUGCAUCAGCCAGCAGGCAGUAAUCUGCAAUGUGGUAAAGGAUAUAUCAAAUUUUAAUUAUCAAACUUCAUCAGGAGAUCCACGUCUUCUAGAGAGAAUGGUUCAGGCAUUCCUUUCUUGUGUUACAACUGGGAAUGUCAAGGUCCAGUGGAAUGUUUGUCAUGCACUGAGCAACCUAUUUUUAAAUGAAACAUUAAGACUGCAAGAUAUGGAUUGGGCUCCCUCUGUGUUUAGUAUUCUUCUACUAUUACUACGUGAUUCUUCAAACUUCAAGAUCAGGAUACAAGCUGCAGCUGCUUUGGCUGUGCCAGCCUCAGUGCUUGACUAUGGCGAAUCCUUUUCGGAUAUUGUUCAAGGCCUGGAGCAUGUAGCUGAAAAUCUAGGUUCAGACAAGAUAUCAACACCAUCAAGUUUCAAAUACAGGGUUGCGCUUGAUAAGCAGGUAACAUCAACCCUGUUGCAUGUUGUUAGCCUUGCUUCUAGCUCUGAUAACCAACUCCUGAAAGAUUUUCUUGUGAAGAAAGCGCCAUUUCUGGAGGAGUGGUUAAAGGUUCUCUGCUUCUCACUUGGGGAGACAAGUGGGAAGCCCGAGGUUGGAAAUUCUAUUGCAAAGAAACAGGUGAUAUCCGAGGCAAUAAAUUCUCUCAUAAAAGUGUUUGAGAGCAAGAAUCAUCAUGCAAUUGCACAGAAAUUUGAGAAACUGGAGGAGAGCAUACAGUGAAUGAGAAAAUCAUUAAUCACUUGGUUUGUGCAUGUUCUGACAUUGUUGGAUUAAAUGAUUUGGCUGCAUAUAUGGAACUGGUGUUUUACUCCCAAUAUCGUUCUAUAGUGCAAGUAGAAAGUCAGUCCUUGUAAGGUACAUGAUUCCUCUAAUGGAGAUGGAGGAGAGUGAAUACUGUGGAGCAAUCACUCAACUGAAAAGGUUCCAAGUUUUUACAGGUGAGUAUCCAUUUCAAUUUCUCUAACGUCCCCCGCACAUGAAAUUCCAUUGGGAUUGGAGCAUGCCAUAAUCAAAGUCCCGCCCUCUACCACUUACCUCAUAAGUUUGUAGGUGACAUGGUAUUUUCAUGCAAAAUUCGACUGGAAUUUGAGUUGUGAACGAGUUGAGAGUCAUUUUUUUAUAAUCACCUAAUGACGAAAAACGUGGUGGAUUGCUGAUUUGUACAUAACAAGAUUUGAUAUUAUCAUAAAAAGAAAGAACCAAUGUUCUUUAA